AUGUCCCGGUUAUCACCUCGUAGGAACCAGAGAUCAAAAGGUUUUAAGGUCAAGCAUGCUUUGCAAAUAUGUCUACUGGUUGGUGUUUGUGUCUGGCUGCUUUACCAAGUCAGGCACUCUCAUGAUAAGAAAGCAGCAUAUGAGAAAAGUGUGAAAACAGAGAAUGAUGUUUUAAAAUUAGGGAGAAAGGACCUCCAGCCUGAAGUUGAAGUUAAAGAAACAGUCAUCAGAGAUGAGAGGUCCAAGGAGGAGGAAGAAGAGGAAGAGAGCAAGAAUGAAGAAGAAGGCACGCCUGAUGGUAGCACGGGAACAGAGGGUGGCGAUGAUGAGAUUCAUGAUCAUUUUCAUGAUAAGACAGAAAAAGGAGCUGAGCAUAGAGAAGAUUCUAUAGACAGGGAGAAAGAAACGGAAGAUAAGACUGAAGAGGGAGUUGAGCAUAGAGAGGAUUCUGUAGAUGGAGAGAAGGAAAUGGAAGAGAGAAAUGAGAACGUCAUUGGAGAGAUGGAGAGGGAGGGUAUAAGGGAUAGUGUUAAUGAUGAAACAGAGAAGGGAGAGAUCAGGGAGAAUGCUAGUGAGGAUAAGGAGACUGAAGAGAGCAAAAGGAGCGAUGGUUUAGAUAAGGAAAAUGUAGAGAGAAAAGAGAUGGAAAAUGAAGAGAGCAAAGAAAGUGAAAGCAAACACGGGGAGACUGAAGAAACCAAGGAGAACGAAGGGAGCAAAGAGAGUGAAAGCGAAGGCAGAGAGACUGAAGAAAGGAAAGAGAAUGAAGAGAGCAAAGAGACAGCAAAUGAGAAUAAAGAGAGUGCAAGUGAAGAAAAGGAAAGUGUAGAUGAGACUCAGCAGAUGGGAAUUAAAGAGGUUGUGGAACAAAGCAAUGAGACAGAAAAUAAAGAAAAAGAGAUUGAAGAGAAGAUUGAGAGUACAGGUUCAACAGAGGAUCAAGUUAAUGAUGGAAAUAAUGCACAUAGUGAGGAGGCAAGAGAGGAACAUUACAAGGGGGAUGAUGCGUCCAGUGCAGUAGUCCAUCAAACUCAGAACGGUAUUCCUGAAGCGGAGCUAGGUGAUUUGAAAAAAUCUGAUGAGGGAGAAAAUAAUGAUUCCACAAAUGCAACAACCAGUGAAGAGGGUGGAAAUGAAUCCCAUGAUACUUCCAAAGUAGCGACAGAAGUGAAGGAACAGGAUCAUGAAGAUUCUAACUCCAUUCCAGUUACUGCAGAUAACAUGGUAUCAAAAGGAGAGGAGUCAACCAUGAAUAAUGUUGAGCUAAAGCAAACUGAGAAACUGGAAUCAGUUUCUGGCAACCAGCAAUCAGAUUCAGAUGCAACACGUUCCAGUACAAUCGAGAAUGGAGAUUCAAAUAAUGUAGAAUUGAUGGAUUUUAACAAGUCUGGAUCUGUUGGGUCAAAUGGACAGACCAUCAACUCCGAUAAACCUUCAUUGACAAGCCAAAAUGGUCAUUCGGGUCAGAUUGACAAGUCCAACAGUAGUUCUGGUGUUGAAGGGAGUCUGGAAAUUGUUCUAUCAUCAAACGGGAAUGAAAGUGCUGAUGCUGGGCAAACCGGACAUGGUGAUUCUCUGCACUCUGAAGAGAAAGACACAUCCUCAAACACAAAUAAUGAUGCUAAUGCUGGCCAAGAGCAACAAGGUGACAAUUGGAGCUCCCAAGAGAAAGAUAAGUCAUCAAUCGCUAGUAACAAUGAUGAUGCUAACCAGAAUCAGAAGGAUAGUUCUGUUAACAGUAAUGCAAACAACAGCGGCAAUAAAAAUGUCAACACUGAUGCAAGCCAAAAAGAACAAGUUGAUCUUAACAAUGGCAAUGCUGACCAGAACAGCAACUCAAAAGACAAUGGCAAUGCAAAUGAAAACACAGAUGCAAACCAAAACGAACAAGUUGAAUCCUCUAAAACGUCUCGAGAAGAGGGAGAUGCCUCCACAAACACUGAUGCAAGCCAAAAGGAACAGGCUGAUCCUAACAAUGGCAAUGUUGACCAGCACACUGACUCAAAAGACAAUGGCAAUGCAAAUAAAAAAACAGAGGCUAACCAAAAUGCACAAGUUGAAUCCUCUGAUUCUUCAACGUCUCGAGAAAAGGGAGAUGCAUCCACAAACACUGAUGCAAGCCAAAAGGAACAGCCUGAUCCUAACAAUGGCAAUCCUGACCAGAACAGCGACUCAAGCAACAAUGGCAAUGCAAAUGAAAACACAGAUGCAAACCAAAACAAACAAGUUGAAUCCUCUGAUUCUUCAACCUCUCAAGACGAGGGAGAUGCAUCCACAACCACUACUAGCAGCACCGAUAUGAAGCAGAAUGAUUCUGUUGAUUCUUCACUUUCUCAAGAAAUAACCGAGGCUCGAACGGAUUUGGGAACUUUGCCCAAUUCUGGAACUGAGGGAUCUAAUGGAGGGGAUUCAGCUGCAGAGUGA